GGGUUGGUAGAAGUCAAAUUUUUAUGAAAAAGUUGGAGAUUUGAUCUUUAAUUUAAAAAGAGAUUGACCCAGUCAAAUGGAGAAGGAUGAGGCUAAUUAUUACGGAUUUCAUCUGGUAGAUUUUUGUUGGAUUUUAGCUACAUUUUUCUUGUUUCUAGCUAAUCGACAGUGUGCAUGAAAGAGAAAAUCAGGUUUUGUUGAGAUUAUAUUUUACUAUGGAUAGAGAGGUAGUUCAAAUCUGAUUUUUUACUAAGUCAUCCUUUAGUUUAGUUUAGUCUAGCCCAACAUCCUUUUAGUUUUAGACUAUUUCCAACAUCUUUUCACCAAGUUUUUAGUCUAGUAGAAGUAAAUCACCACCCCCAGCGAAUAAUUGUUUUUAGUUGAUUUAGUUUUUGAGUAAGAUUAGUUUUUGUGACCUUUUUUUUAUUAUUGUGAUUUGCUUUUGCUAAGUUUCUCAAUUGUUAAACAUUCAAUUUGAUUUUAAUUCAAACAUGUUUGCAAUUUCAAUUAAAUUUAGAGACUUUUACUUUUUUGUUGUGUUUUCCAAGUUUCUACCAAGUUUACAUUUUCUACCUACAAUUUCAAUUUCUGUUUGGCUAUAUUUUCUACACAUUAUUUAGUUAAUUUCCAAUACUUGUCCUUAACUUAUUUCAUUACCAAUAUUUAAUUUAUUUUUUCUCAAUACUUGUUCACCUUAACCUAAGUCUUUGAUGGGUUUUUGUUUACACCAUAAUUAGUAAUUUUUUAGAUGAUGCCAUGUGUCUCUAAAAAGAUUGAGUGGCCAUUAAUUUUUCAUGUUUUAUUAUGAAUUAUUUGGCUGUGAUUCAAAACUAUGGAGUUCAUUUUAUGUUACCGUGGAUUGAUGUGGAUUAUUUUUACUAGGCUGGAGUCUUUAGCAUUUUUAUUAAUUAAGCCUAGGGAGUCCAACUUUAUUUAAUUUGGAAGUGGAUUUGACAGUGGGGAGUUUGUUGGAUUAAAAGGAAUUAUAUGGCCCAAAGGAGAGUACAAUCCAAGUACUUUUAGACUCUAUCUAUUUAAAUCUCAUGGGUUGGUAUUCUAUUAGAAGUCCAAUUUUUAUCCUUUGAGAAAGUUGGAGAUAUGAUCUUUAAUUUAAAAAGAGAUUGACCCGGUCAAAUGGAGAAGGAAGAGGUUGGUUUUUAGGGAUUUCAUCUAGUGGAUUUUUGCUAGAUUUUGGCUACAUUUUCUUGUUUCUGGCUAGCCGACAAUGUGCAUGAUGAAGGAGAGAAAAUCAAGGUUGUUGAGAUCAUGUUUCACUAUGGAUGGAGAGGUGGUUCAGAUCAUAUUUUUUACUGAGUGGGAGUAGUUAUGAAGGCUUAUAAAUUUCAGUUUUGAAGACAAUAUUCGGUUCCACACACAAGCUUGCCUUUCAACACAAUCAUUUAUCUUUUAAAGCUCUUUUGUUUGUCAAUCAUCCUUUAGUUUAGUUGAGCCCAACAAUAUCUUAGUUUUAAAUUAUUUUUGAGCAUCUUUUCAUCAAGUUUUUAGUCCAAUAGAAGUAAAUCAACAUCCCCAACAGAUUCUUGUUGUUAGUUGAUUUAGUUUUUGGGUAAGAUUAGUUUCUGUGACUUUUUCUUAUUAUUGUGAUUUGCUUCUUCUACUAUGUUUCUCAAUUCUUAAACAUUCAAUUUGAUUUUUAUUUUAACAUGUUUGCAAUUUCAGUUAAACUUAGAGUCUUUUAUUUUUCUGUUGCGUUUUCUAGAUUUCUACUAGAUUUAUGUUUUCUAUCUGCAAUUUCAAUUUUGUCCUUAGUUAUUUCAUAACCAAUACUUUAAUUUAAUUUUUCUUGAUACUCAUUUACCUUAACCUAAGUCCUUGACGUGCUUUCAAGGCAAGUUUGAGCUCAUUGUGCAGGAAUUAAUCCCUCAUUUCGCCAGAAUUAAUCCCUCAUUUUUGCCAAUUG